GAGGAGAGGAGAGGUGCUACCGGUGAAGGUGCUGAUUGAAUAUGAACACGCGUAGUUUCCAGUUGCCUUCACACCGGGACGCGGCAGCGGAGAUGGGCUCUUGGAACAGCUUCGGCGAGCCGGCGGAUUUUGUCACCGCUCUCCCCCUGAACUACUCGCUCGGCUCCGUCGGCGGCGAGGAGGAGGAGGAAGAGGUGAGAGACGCCGGGACUGUGGUGAUCCAGUUCAUCUCUGCCAUCGUGUGCCUGGUGGGGCUGGUGGGCAACGCCAUGGUGAUCUUCGUCAUCCUCAGGUACGCCAAGAUGAAGACGGCCACCAACAUCUACAUCCUCAACCUGGCCAUCGCCGACGAGCUCUUCAUGCUGAGCGUCCCGUUCGUGUCCGCCUCGGCCGCCCUGCAGCGCUGGCCCUUCGGCUCGCUCAUGUGCCGGACGGUGCUCAGCGUGGAUGGGAUCAACCAGUUCACCAGCGUCUUCUGCCUCACCGUGUUGAGCGUGGACAGGUACGUGGCCGUGGUGCACCCCAUCAAAGCGGCGAGGUACAGGAGACCCACCAUCGCCAAGGUUAUCAACAUCUGCGUCUGGGUCUUCUCCCUCAUUGUAAUCUUGCCCAUCAUUAUAUUCGCCGGCACCUCUCCCAGCGAGGACGGCGGCGUCCUCUGCAACUUCCUCUGGCCUCAUCACUCCUGGUCCGUGGCGUUUGUCAUCUACACCUUCCUGCUCGGCUUCCUCAUCCCCGUCUUCGCCAUCUGCCUGUGCUACGUCCUCAUCGUGGUGAAGAUGAGGGUGGUCGCCCUGAAGGCGGGCUGGCAGCAGCGCAGGAGGUCGGAGAAGAAGCUCACCGGCAUGGUCCUGAUGGUGGUGGCCGUGUUUGUCAUCUGCUGGAUGCCCUUCUACGUGGUGCAGCUGGCCAACAUCUUUCUCCCCCUCCACUCCACGGUCAGCCAGUUGUGCCUUAUCCUCAGCUACGCCAACAGCUGCGCCAACCCUUUCCUCUACGGUUUCCUCUCGGACAAUUUCAGGAGGUCCUUCCAGAGGAUCCUGUGUUUCCGUUACCUGGAGAACGGGAGCGAGGAGCCGGUGGACUAUUACGGCACCGCCCCGAAGAGCAGGCUGUGUAAUCCCAUAGAAUGUCAGCCCGGUAACCCUGCUUCUCACCCGGUCUGUCGGAAUGGGACUUGCACCUCCAGAACCACCACGCUAUGAAUGUAGUGAAAGAAGUCUUGUCUUAUUACCUCUUAGUGACUUUUUUUUGUCUAAAACAAACGGGUUAAAUAUAUUUUGCUAAAAGAAUCUGUGAGUUAUCUUCAUGUUGUUGUAUGAGCGCUGGGAUUGCACCGCUUAGGGUCGGGCGAGGAUAUAUAUGGUUGGAAAAUAAUAAUGCUAAUAAUAAUAAUAAUA